AUGGCUCAGAGACCUUACACACUUCGCGAGGGAUGCCCCUACGCGAGCGAUUCAACAUCAGUGCAGCUGCGCAGCGGUAAUGGCGGCCUGGUGCUGAUGCAGGACACACAGCUCAUUGAGACACUCGCACACUUUGCCCGCGAAAGGAUCCCAGAACGGGUAGUUCACGCGAAAGCAGCCGGGGCAUACGGAGAAUUCACUUGCACACACGAUUGCUCGGAUAUCACCAGUGCAAAUUUCCUGAGCCAAGUUGGCAAGAAGACUCCACUGCUGUUACGCAUAUCUACCGUUGGCCCUAAAGCAGGUUCUGCAGAUACUCUGCGAGACGUGCAUGGCUGGGCGAUGAAAUUAUAUACAGACGAAGGCAACUUGGACUGGGUGUUUAACAACACACCUGUCUUCUUCAUUCGAGAUCCGUUGAAAUUCCCGUCUCUCAAUCGCUCUCACAAGCGGAAUCCACGGUCCUUUCUGCCCGAUCCUAACAUGUUUUGGGAUUUCCACGUUGGCAAUCCUGAAGGAUUCCACGAAAUCAUGCAUAUGUUCAGUGAUCGGGGUACUCCGGCAUCGCUCCGCCACAUGAAUGCAUAUAGCGGGCACACGUAUAAAUUCACCCUCAAGGACGGAUCCUUCAAAUACGUGAAAAUACAUAUCAAGACUGCCCAGGGCAUCAAGAAUUUCACCAAGGAGGAAGCAAGCCGGAUUGCUGGAGAGGACCCUGAUUUCCUGAUCCGGGACAUGUUUGAGGCCAUCGAGAGAGGCGAAUAUCCCGUCUGGACUGUUUUCGUGCAGGUCAUGUCCCCGGAGGAGGCAGAGAAUUAUCGAUGGAAUAUUUUUGACAUGACCAAACCGAACAAUUAUUUCACUGAUAUCGAGCAAGCGGCCUUCUCGCCCUCUACCAUGGUCCCGGGUGUAGCCCCUUCAGCUGAUCCAGUACUGCAAGCCAGAAUGUUCUCUUAUCCUGAUGCCGCUCGUUACCGUGUUGGAACCAAUUAUCAACAACUACCGACCAAUGCUCCAAAAGCGCCCGUCUACUGUCCAUACCAGCGUGAUGGCGCCAUGAAUUUCUCAGAUAAUUAUGACGGUGAGCCAAACUAUGUUGGAUCUUCUUUAAGACCCAUGACUUUCUACCACGACGCCAAGGGAACUGGCCCGCAGUGCAUCAGCACGUUGACAGAGCAUGAGAAAUGGACUGGUGAGGUUAGCAAUUUCCAUUCCCGCAUCAGUGAUGACGACUUCGUCCAGCCAGCGGAGCUUUGGAAGGUUAUUGGCAAGGAGCCUGGACAUCAAGAACGGUUCUUCGGGAACGUUGCAGUGCAUCUGUCCCAGGUGAAGUCUGCUAGGCUGCGGCAGAAUGUGUACGAAUUCUUCUCGCGGAUUGACGAAGAUCUUGCUGCAGGAGUCAAGAAGGCCACUGAGGCACUAGUGACAGCAUGA